AUGUACGCUCCACCACCAGCUGCUGCUAAUCGUCGAGGUGGCUUAGCUGCCAGCGGCCCACUUUUGGCUAUAUGUUGCCUCGGCUUCAUUCUUUUUCUAAUUGCUGCAACAAUUGUUCUUGCAUUGAUACCUGUGUAUCUAUCAACAAGAGGCAGCAGCAGCUCAAGCGCAAACACCGCGAGUUACCAAUUACAAAUGACACCUUCAGCUGAUGCAAGAAAACGUUCUCUUGCAACGCUAGUCGAAGGCACAUUUGCUGAUAGUACACUCGCUCUUCUCAUACUUCUCAUAGAAUCAAAGUUGAAUUUAAAUCAUGGUUCAUGUCUCAUUCCGAGUUGUACAUCGGUAUUCACCAGCCGUAGACGACGUGGAUUUGGUCUUCUACGUGAACGUCGUGGUCUUUAUCCAAAUGUCUUUUGUCCAAUCAGCUUCAGUCGCAAGCAUUGUGACAAAUGUGGCAAUAAAGGAUUUCAAAAUAGCAUCAAACCUUUCACAGGAGAAAUUACUGAAGUUAUAAUCAUUGAUACUUUUGGUAGUACGAAAAAUUGCGGCGCGAUUAUAUACUCAAUUGUUAUCAACUUUAUCACUAGUUUCACUAAUCCAUCAGUUUCAACAUCAACCGCUGCAAAUACUGCAAAAGUUAUUGGUUAA